CAUUGCUAAUCAUAUACGUUUCUUGCUCUUGAGUUUCUUGUUGGAUUUCUGGUUAGUUCUUUUUCCACGCCUUCACCAAGAACAUCCGAAAUGAAUGGAUAUAUUUCCAUUGUUCUUUGCCUAUUACUUCCGUUAGAAAUUGUGCUAGCGCUUCAAAAUGGUGAUUGUGAGGUCUGUGUUAAAACAAUUGAAAAGUUUGCCGCGACAUUAGACGAAUCGACCAUCAAAAGUACCAGCCGGAUCGAAGAUGAAUUCCGACGUUUCUGUAAGAACACCAACAAUAAAGAGCGAAGAUUCUGUUACUACUUAGGUGGUACAGAGGAAUCCGCUACCGGAAUUUUACAGGAACUCUCCAAACCGCUGAGCUGGUCCAUGCCGGCUGAUAAAAUUUGCGAAAAACUGAAAAAGAAGGAUGCCCAAAUUUGCGAUCUUCGAUUCGAUAAAGUGAUUGACGUCGAUUCCGUCGAUCUCAAAAAGCUUAAAGUUAGGGACUUGAAAAAGAUUCUUUCCGACUGGAACGAGGAAUGCGAGGGAUGUUUAGAAAAGUCUGAUUUAAUUAAAAGAAUUGAAAUGACUAGAAAAAAGCAUACAAAAACUGAAUUGUAGUUUUUUGUUACAAUUAAAUUGUUAACCUAAUAAAACAUUAAAAUACUUAAAAAAA